AUGGCGGGGUCAGAGCCCUCUCCUUCUCCAAAAAUCCUUCUAGCAAAGCCUGGACUCGUCUCCGGCGGACCCGUCGCCGGUAAAUUCGGCCGUGGAGGCACCGGCGAAGACGAUUCCGCGCAGCUACGUUCUCGUCUUCCUUCUGUCGCAUCUCUCAACCUUCUCUCCGAUUCCUGGGAUUUCCAUAUCGAUCGCUUUCUCCCUUUUUUGACUGAGAAUACGGACUUUACUGUGAUUGGAGUGAUUGGGCCACCUGGAGUUGGCAAGUCUACUAUUAUGAAUGAACUUUAUGGUUUUGAUUCGAGUUCGCCUGGGAUGCUACCACCUUUUGCAAUACAGUCCGAAGAAACUAGAGCUAUGGCAAGACAUUGUUCUACGGGCAUUGAACCAAGGGUAUCUUCUGAACGUAUUAUUCUUCUUGAUACCCAGCCUGUAUUUAGUGCUUCUGUUUUAGCUGAGAUGAUGCGACCAGAUGGCUCUUCAACAAUUUCAGUGCUAAGUGGAGAAUCCCUGUCAGCUGAAUUGGCUCAUGAACUUAUGGGUAUUCAGCUUGCUGUUCUUCUUGCAUCCAUAUGUCAUAUUCUGCUGGUGGUGUCAGAAGGAGUCCAUGAUGAUAGCAUGUGGCAUUUGAUGUUGACGGUUGACUUGUUGAAGCACGGCAUUUCAGACCCAUCCUUGCUGGCUUCUUCCCUUUCACAGAGCUCUAGUUCAGGGCUUGAGAAAGAUAUCAAAGUUCCUGAACGUGAGGAAUACAUGGCAACUCCUGUGUUUGUACACACCAAGCUGCAAGAUCAAGACUUUACUCCUAAAAAUUUUGUGCAGUUGAGGAAUGCACUCAUACAGUAUUUCAAACCAUCCUCUUUUGUGAGAGAACACGCUGGAAACAAGCCUGAGGAGCAUGUUGCGUCUUCUAUGGUUCAUGGUAUUCAUAUGGAUUCUAAUAUGCUAAAUUUGUAUUGGAUCCCAUUUAAGAAAAAAGAUGAAAAUCCAAGAGCUCAGCAUGAGAGUUACAUUUCUGCACUAUGGAAAUUACGGGAUCAGAUUUUAUCCAUGAAAUCACCAUCUUUCACGAGACCCGUCUCUGAGCGUGAAUGGUUGAAGAAUUCAGGCAAGAUAUGGGAACAGGUUAAAAACUCCCCAACGAUAUUGGAGUACUGCAGAACACUUCAACAUUCUGGUAUGUAUAGGAGGUAGAACGUUAUGAAAGAUAGAAAGAUUCGAAACAGUUUCCGUGAUUGUACUUCAAGAUAUAUCUUAUUUUGAUACAAAAUUAUCAGAUUCGCGUAUGAAUCUUGUUCUCUGCGCUGAUUAUAUUGCUGGCAAAUCCAACUCUAUACCUGUAGUUUUUAAAAAUUCCCAGUA